AAGUAGUAUCAAUCUGCAUAUACAUUACCUCUCCAUGUAAAUGAAACAAACUGAUCCACUUGGCUACAACUUCCAGCAUCCUAAUCAGUAAAAAAAAAUGGCCACCAUAACUGCUUGCACUACUGCCUCUAUCGCACUCACCGGCAUCGUGCACAAGGGAUCACAAGUGCUUUCAUCCUCACCUGUUCUUGGGUUGCCAGCAUUGGCAAAGAAGGGAAGAGUGAGGUGUUCCAUGGAGGGGAAGGGGUCAGUGGAAGAAGGUAGUUCAAAUAUGGGCAUGGGUGCAUCGAUGAUUGCGGCAGCUUGUGCGGCAACCAUGUCGAGCCCAGCCAUGGCUUUGGUGGAUGAGAGGAUGAGCACAGAAGGGACAGGACUUCCGUUUGGUUUGAGCAACAACGUGCUGGGUUGGAUCCUCUUGGGUGUGUUUGCUAUAAUUUGGGCUCUCUACUUUGUCUACACUUCCAGCCUUGAAGAGGAUGACGAGUCUGGAUUAUCCCUAUAAAUAUAUGUAUCACAAGGCCAUUGUUGUUGUUGUUGAAACAAUUGAUUUAGACCUCUUUCUAUGAUCUAGUAGAUUAUCUCUUAA